CAGAAGCAAGCAGCCUGAACUUGGGAACAGAGGGUCUGCUGGAUAGGGGUGUGGGCGGAUGGGGCAGCCUGCCCCAUUGCCCUUGGAACUUCUCUACCCAGGCCAGUCUGGGAGGGAUCAGCAUGGUUUGGGGUUCCUCAGGCCUUCCAGCUUCAGCUGUGACAGACCCCCGACCCUGACCCCGCCCUCUCCGGAGCCCAGGCCCCACCCCGCCUCCAAUCGGUUCCUCAUUCCUCGAAAGGGGAAAGAGGGGUGCAGCCCAACCUCAUUUCCCGCCCCUACCUCUAGACACUGCCCCCAGAGGUUAGGCCUCCUCCCUUAGAGGGAGAUGGAGCAACCUCGCUUCCCCCUUCUUAACAGCAGCUUGGCCCCGCCCUACCCCUCAUAAACCAGUUACUGGCCCGCCCCACACCUUCCAUUCUUGCGGCGGCGUCUGUCCCGUUCCUAUCAGUCCCGACCUGUUCCACCCCGGCUGCGGGACUCAGAGAUGCCGUCGCCAACACCUCUAUCAGGCACAAUGGACAGUCCUCGUUCGGAUGUGGGCCGCUGGGGCGGAAACCCCUGGCAGCCCCCCACCACACCUUCUCCAGAGCCAGAGCCAGAGCCAGAGCCAGACAGACGUUCACGCCGAGGGGGCCGUUCCUUCUGGGCUCGCUGCUGUGCCUGCUGCUCGUGCCGGAAUGCAGCAGAUGAUGACUGGGGGCCUGAGCACCGUGGGUCUGGCUCCAGGGGUCGAGGAUCCAGCUCUGGGGGCCGAAGACCUGACUCCCGGGGCACAGACUCCCGCCAGCCUGGCUCCCGGGGCAGUGCUGUGAAUGCAGCUGGAGAUGGCACCAUCCGAGAGGGUAUGCUGGUGGUGACUGGUGUGGAUCUCCUGAGUUCACGUUCGGACCAGAACCGCCGAGAGCACCACACAGAUGAAUUCGAGUACGAUGAGCUGAUUAUCCGCCGUGGGCAGGUUUUCCACAUGGUCCUCCUCCUGUCUCGACCCUAUGAGUCCUCUGAUCGUGUCACCCUGGAGCUGCUCAUCGGAAACAACCCCGAAGUGGGCAAGGGCACCCAUGUGAUCAUCCCAGUGGGCAAGGGGGGCAGUGGAGGUUGGAAGGCCCAGGUGACCAAGUCCAGUGGGAAUAAUCUGAACCUACGGGUCCACACCUCCCCCAACGCCAUCAUCGGCAAGUUUCAAUUCACGGUCCGCACACACUCAGAGGCUGGCGAGUUCCAGUUGCCCUUUGACCCCCGAAAUGAAAUCUACAUCCUCUUCAAUCCCUGGUGCCCAGAGGACAUCGUGUAUGUGGACCAUGAGGACUGGCGGCAGGAGUACGUGCUUAAUGAGUCUGGGAGAAUUUACUAUGGGACCGAAGCACAGAUUGGCGAGCGGACGUGGAACUACGGACAGUUUGACCAUGGGGUGCUGGAUGCCUGCCUGUACAUCCUGGACCGACGGGGCAUGCCAUAUGGAGGCCGUGGGGACCCAGUCAGUGUCUCCCGGGUCAUCUCUGCCAUGGUGAACUCCUUGGAUGACAAUGGGGUCCUGAUUGGGAACUGGUCUGGCGAUUACUCCCGUGGCACCAAUCCAUCGGCGUGGGUGGGCAGUGUGGAGAUCCUACUCAGCUACCUACGUACCGGCUACUCUGUCCCCUAUGGCCAGUGCUGGGUCUUCGCCGGUGUGACUACCACAGUGCUACGCUGCCUGGGCCUGGCCACCCGCACUGUCACCAACUUCAACUCCGCACAUGACACAGACACAUCCCUCACCAUGGACAUCUACUUUGACGAGAACAUGAAGCCACUCGAGCACCUGAACCAUGAUUCCGUUUGGAACUUCCACGUGUGGAAUGACUGUUGGAUGAAGAGGCCAGAUCUGCCUUCAGGCUUCGACGGGUGGCAGGUCGUGGACGCCACACCCCAGGAGACCAGCAGCGGCAUCUUCUGCUGCGGCCCCUGCUCUGUGCAGUCCAUCAAGAACGGCCUGGUCUACAUGAAGUAUGACACGCCCUUCAUUUUUGCCGAGGUGAACAGUGACAAGGUUUACUGGCAGCGGCAGGAUGACGGCAGCUUCAAGAUUGUGUAUGUGGAGGAGAAGGCCAUUGGCACACUCAUCAUCACCAAGGCCAUUGGCUCCAACAUGCGGGAAGACAUCACCCACAUCUAUAAGCACCCAGAAGGCUCAGAUGCAGAGCGGAAGGCAGUGGAGACAGCAGCCGCCCAUGGCAGCAAACCCAAUGUGUACGCCUCCCGGGACUCGGCCGAGGAUGUGUCCGUGCAGGUGGAGGCACAGGACGCGGUGAUGGGCCAGGACCUGACGGUCAGUGUGGUGCUGACCAACCGCGGCAGCAGCCGCCGCACUGUGAAGCUGCACCUCUACCUCUCUGUCACCUUCUACACCGGCGUCACUGGGUCCGUUUUCAAGGAGAGCAAGAAGGAAGUGGUGCUGGCGCCAGGGGCCUCGGAGCGGGUGGCCAUGCCCGUGGCCUACAAGGAGUACCGGCCCCACCUCGUGGACCAGGGGGCCAUGCUGCUCAACAUCUCAGGCCACGUCAAGGAGAACGGGCAGGUGCUGGCCAAGCAGCACACCUUCCGUCUGCGCACCCCGGACCUCUCCCUCACGUUAUUGGGAGCAGCCGUGGUGGGCCAGGAGUGCGAGGUACAGAUUGUCUUCAAGAACCCCCUGCCUGUCACCCUCACCAAUGUUGUCUUCCGGCUCGAGGGCUCCGGGUUGCAGAGACCCAAGGUCCUCAAUGUUGGGGACAUUGGGGGCCACGAGACAGUGACGCUGCGCCAGACAUUCGUGCCAGUGCGACCAGGCCCCCGCCAGCUCAUCGCCAGCUUGGACAGCCCACAGCUCUCCCAAGUGCACGGGGUCAUCCAGGUGGACGUGGCUCCGGCCGCUGGAGGUGGGGGCUUCUCAGAUGCUGGAGGCGACAGUCACUCAGGAGAGACCAUCCCUAUGGCAUCUCGAGGCGGGGCUUAGCCCUGGGCCAGGAGCAAUGGGACUGGAGUCAGAUGAGCAAGGACACUGCCUCAAGACAGGGGACCGCAGCAGAGCUGCUUCCCGGGGGCUCAGGAGGGAGGACCUCACCUGGGGAGGAGCUGACCUCUCUUGCACAGAUGCAAAUAAACUUUUUUAAUGAA